AAAAAUGUCAAAUUCUUGUUUAUUUUCGAUCGAUCGUCUUUGGCUAGAUUUUGAAAGCUCACAGCUCGUUGAGGUCAAAGAGCUGCCAGGCGUGAAGCGGGCUGAUACUCGAAAAUUAUUUUUUUAACGCCGACUCUCACUACUUCGCACCCUCGCCCCAGUGCACCUUGACCUUUGGCGUAUCACAGGAUUCCCAAUAUUCGAAAACAAAACAUUUCAGACCAACUUUAUUAAGCGAUCCACGCCAAUAAUUAUUUGGCUUAUAAGCCUUCUCACCCCAUAGCAUAGAGAUCUCUAGCGUUUUUUUUUUAUUAGCCAAUAGUAUGGCGGCUUUUAUUACAGCCACCUAAAACGGUGAUCUACAGCCAAUGGUGUGGCGACUUCUGUUAUACCCCCUCUCCCAACCAAUGAGAUUCAGCUUAUAAAGGUUCAUAAUUCCCUCUCAAGCCAAUGAGAUGCCACCUUCCUAAUAAAGAUAUUUUGACAAUAGUUAGUCGGCUUCUUGAAAGAUUGUUUUACAAAAGAGGACAAAAGGUUGAUUUCCGAAACAUGUUGUUUAUGGGAAUACCUAUCUCAUUGAGUUCUUUGCCAUGGAUACUUAAUUUCACCGGUAGCAACACCUGAUUUAGUGUGUGAGAUAAAACCGCAAUUGUAAUUUUGUUUUGUCUGAUCUGCUUGCCCGGGGGACGGAAUAAACAGUUAUUUUUUUAAAUUGGUAUCGAGUCAAAUAUAUUUCACCUGUUUCUGCUAAAAACAAUAUUCUAUAAGUUACUUUGAAAAGAAAAACGAAGAUCGAUAUAUUUAAUUGAAUUUCAUUUGCUUAUGGCUUCAAACCAAAUUACCAAAAACUUUGAAAAUACGAGGCUGCAAUCACGCAAAUGUUUUUUUAUUAAGGUUGUUGUUAGUUUAAAAACCCGUUUAGUACAAGUGGCGAAAUGUCGCUGGGCAGUGAACAAAUAAUUGCUUUAAUGUUUAAUAAUUUCUUAAUUUGCCUUUCAAUAACAAACAAAGAACCUUUGAGCCCUCAAAUGGCUAUUUCCUUUUAGAUAUAUUUACGAUUUAUAACAAUUCUGCAGUCAAAUAAAGCAUUUUUCUUAUGAGUUAAAGGUUGGAAAAAAAGUCAGCGGUGUCUAUGGCCAACCCUCCAAAGUGUUUUACAAUCCGCCAUGAUGGAUACCUAAUUGAAUCAAGUAGGAGGUAUUUAUCAAAAAGUUAUUUCAACUAUUUAUUACACCUUGAAGUUUUCUUCAUACCUUGUUAAUUGGAAAACAAUCCAACAUCAGCACAUGAAAAUCAAAAUAUUUUGCAUACGGGAUCUGGGUUGGUUUUGAUGAUAAUAUAAUUGUUGUCCUGUUUAUAUAUGGUCUUGGGCCGAUUGGAUCUCUCUGUAUGCCUACAGCUUUCUUAUAAAAAAAAAACGACAAAUUAAAUUAGGAACACUUAAAUAGUUAAAAACAAGUCUCGUAAAAGAAAAGAGAAAACAUCGGGGAAAGUUCGCAAUGACAAUUUUUGUGAAUCCAUAGCUAUGCGUUCAUUCAUGGUGGUAUAACCGGUCUCAAACAAGCAUCCAACCAUGAACGGGUGGCCUUGCUUGCUUUUGUGAAAUUUUACGGCCAAUGGCUUUUAUCUUUCCGACCUAAAUCCUCCUAUUGUCCAUCCUUGAUGAUUAUCUCGUAGAAUCAUUACUAACGUUUUCACGAAAUAAUCGAAAGUCCCCCAUGUAGAGAGGUUUUGCGAUGGCAACUUGAAGUGCAACAAUAGCUUUUUCGAUGUUAUGGCUUAUGCCUGAUGGUUCAGAUUGUUCUGUUCUCACCUUAAAAACAUAAUUCGCGCUUGCCAAUUGUCUUUUUAUUUGUUUGUCAACAGUGUUUACACGGUUUGAAGCAUCUUUUUAGUCGCAUUGAACCAUUAGACACAGCCAAAACCGGACCUAAAAACCGUGACUAAAACGCAAAACAAAUUACUUCAAAACUCCAAAAUAACAAUUUCCCAAAUGAGAUUCCUGUUGACAGAUACGUGAAAACCUGUCAGAGGUCUCUGGUUUUUUAGUGAUGUCAUUGUCUUAUUAGUUUAAUUAAACUAGAAUGAUAUCAUAAUUUAAGAGGCGUUUUAGUUUGGUGGGCAAGGAACUGAACCGAAGCAAAACUUGUGAAUUAUGUCAACAGUGGACUGGCGGUGCUGAUUCGCCAACACUCGCACAAACCAGUCGUCCGUUUAAGACACUCUUGAAAAUAGCCAUCUGAUUGGAUGGAUUCCCUCAAAUGUAUCGACUAGUGAUAAACGAAUUUAAUUUAUUAAUUAAAGCGAAAAACGGCAAUUAACCAGGUAAAUCCCUUUAGGAACAGGGCAUGUUUUCAAUCUUUCGCCUACACGGGUCAUUGUACUCCGUCAGCUGUCCGCCCGGGCUGGAAUCGCCCUCUACAACUGCGGUCUAAUUAGCACUCAAAAAUUAUCAUUUGGGCAUUUAAAAGCAGAUCUUUGCAAUCUCCGAUUUUCAUUCUAAGCUCCAAGAAGUAAAACAGGCGGGGACAAGUGGGAUUAAGGGCGGAACACGAGAGAAGGUGGCAAGAUACUUGACCCUUGAAAAGGCUUCGUAUGGUCCCUUCACAAAGCAAGGUCGAUACAAACACUUGGCCUGGAAGUCAACACUUGGCCUGAUUAUUCGCAUCGAAAUCAGACGCUAAGAGCUUGCAAACUAGACAUGAGUGCUCUCAAAGCAAGAACGCGUUUCAUGGGCUCGUACACAAUCGACGGUUUACUAGGACUAAAACCCGAACCCUCAACAAACCAUUCAAGCGAACAAGACCUCCUUGACAGCCAAACCAGCCCGUGCAGCGAACCUACUCCAGGUGCUAACGAGUUCCUGUCAACCCAAAGAAACCAAACUUCGCCUGUGCAGCUAACACGGAAUUCUGACGAUGAGAAAAGUGAUGAAGAGGCUGUUGAUUCGAACAACGAGCUCGAAGGAAAGGAUUCUACGGCCAAACGCAAACAACGACGGUACAGAACGACUUUCACAAGCUACCAGUUGGAAGAGUUGGAAAGAGCCUUUGCAAAGACCCACUAUCCGGAUGUGUUCACUCGCGAAGCCCUCGCGGUAAAAAUCGACCUCACAGAAGCGAGAGUUCAGGUGUGGUUUCAAAAUCGACGAGCGAAAUGGCGGAAGAGGGAAAAGGCUCAGGGCGUGCGAAUUCACGCUCCACUCGGGAUCAACAACCCGCUGGUCCCCCCUCCCCUUACGUCGUACUCUCCUGAUGCACUAAGCAAGGGCUUGGACAUGGGCUGGGGCGCGUUAUCCCGUGCUGGCGUGCAAGAGAUGCCAGCUUUCCCUACGUUAAGACUCCCGCUUCACCCCUUCGCAUCCACAGGAUUUGGGACACCUGCAUUUUACAACCCAAGCUCUUAUCAUCGUGAAUACUAUCCUGUGCUGGGACCGGCGAUUCUCUCCUCGCCACACUCUACGUAUACACCACAAAAAUUCAAGUUCUCCCCUGCUUCAAGCUCGAGCGAGUCGCCCCCACCCGGGGAGAUGGAGGGUGAUCGUAGAACUUCGAGUAUAGCGGCACUUAGACUUCGCGCCAAGGAACACUCAGCUUCUAUAAUAACGCCAAUGGCGUUUUCGAAAUAAAACAAGAAAAUCAAGCACCUUCACCAGACCAAGAAUACGCUAGUAAAGACUCUAGAGAAACGCAUUUAUUAUUCAUCAAAGCAACCAGCAACAUUGUACAAGGUGCACCAAAGGGUUCCGUUUUUGAGGUAUUUGUUCUCGAGUGGUCUCGCACGCUAACGAGAAUUACAUGGUUCGGCAAGACGAAGAGCGUCUCCCGGCAACACGCCGGCACCGUUUAACGUCUCGGGCCCAAAGGCCGAUCAACACCCGGUAUAUAAUUUAAUAAGCGAGUUUGUUUGCCUUGCUCGCCCCCUUGGCGCUUAUCAGGGAUUAAGGACAAACCUUGUGUCCCCGCGCGCCGAGUCGUCCGCUUGUCAGCAGCGCAGUGUGUUGGCGUCGGCACUUUUGUUUUGUGUUACAAUAAAUAUUAGUAAUAGGAUAGCGGGCCACAAGUGCGAAGCGGGAUUAUUCGCGAAUUAGGCGCAUUAGAAGAUCUAUCAAGGAGCUAAUUGGAGAAUCAAUUACUUGGGAGAAAUAACUCUAGAGGCUGACUUUAUAUCACUAAAAACGUUUGACAAAAAUGAUUUACUAGAAAUGUCUUGUAAUUUUGUACAUUUAGAAAAUAAAAUAACGAAACUUCA